UAUGUGUUUGAAAUCGACUAAGUGUUUAAUUAGUUAAAUUAUUUUGUAGUGCUUAUGUAAUUCUUAUUGAUUAGCAUAUAAUCUGGCUUCAAUCUUUACAAGGGCAGUUUUAAUGAGUUGUCACUGGAUUUUGCAUUUUAAUGUAUUGCAGGGAUAUCAGCUAUGUUGUGAUUAUUAUAUGUGUGUCUUUAAGUGCUGAUAAUGAUAAUCAGAUAGUAAACAGUAGAUUAUUAUCAAUCAAGGCUUUUAAAAUGAAUAAGAGUUUAUAUGCCUUAAUGAGGGCAUGCUCUCAUGGGUCCAAUUUGAAGGUCUUGUUAGCAUAUCUGUCUUGGACGCGAGCCGCACUGCGGUCGAAAAGAGAGAAUCUGGAAUGUUGUGGUUGUGGUGUCAUGUUAUAUCUGGGAAUUCUGGUGAUUAUAUUUGCCUUCAGGUUGGUAAACCAACUUAUACUUUGUUACAUUGACUAAAUAAGCCAGAAGUUGAGAUAAUACAUAACGCAUUACAUUAGGCCACUGGUUUUUAUGCAUAGUUUUCGCAUUUUAGAAUAAGAUACUGGUAAAAAAACAAAAAACAAAUGUAUAGCCUGAAUGCACAAAAUUGUCUGCUAAAUACAUAAAUGUAAAUGUAAAUGUAAGAUAAUGGAUCAGAUUGGAUGUCAUGUCACAUUGCCUCCUCUUUUUGCUUCAUCAUCAUUUCUUCUACUCAAACGCUUUCCUCCUUUUCUUUUUGUUGUUGUUGUCUUGCUGUUGAUUGUCUAGUCUGGCUCUCUGUCAGUUAAGGAGGACUCAUUAUCCACUAAAGAGUCAGAACUUCCUAAUAUUGUGGUGACUGAGAACCUCACAGUCCCUUCUGUUCUAGUCCCAGAAUCAGAGGUGUCUGAUCGCAGCGUUCCUCCCCAGCCUUCCCCUAAUAGUGCACCACUUUUACUGGAACUCCACAUUGUUGAGGAAUCGUCAACCGCUGCUCCAGAGUCCAACUCCACGGUGCUCUACACUUCCUCCAUGAACCAUUCGGAGAAAGUACUGGUAGUUUCUAGCACAACGAGUACAGCCCCUGAGUCUCUUUUAUCACCUGAACCUUCUGAAAAAUCUUCAAACCUUCUGGCAUCAAGUUUAUGGACACGUGAAGUCAAUUCGCCCAAGACUGUCGAUCCGAAAACCUCAAGUCCAGUUUCAGUCACCAAAAAUAGUCCACAUGUGGUACCAAAUGCCUCCUCACCAGCUAGGACUCCAAGGAUAUCUAGCCCAGUGGCUAAAAGCCCCAGUCCACCACAGGUUAUCAAGGGCUCAAAUCGAAUUGUUGAUGUGAAAAUUCCUAGUCCUGUAACAGUUACUAAAACCUCUAGUCCAGUCGUGGUAAGAAAGAGCCCAUGCCCAGUUACAGCUGUUAGAGCAACCAAAAGUCCAGUCCCUGGAGUCCUUGCCAAGAGCCCAAGUCCCCAACCAGGGAUUACUAGCAAGAGUCCAGUGCCAACUACCAUUUCACUGCCCGCUCCUCCAGUUUCAACCCUAACAUUAACUCCGAAGCCUUCCAAAGAGAAACCUGAGAGCUUUGAACCGGGCAUAUUGGGAAUAAGUCUUCCUUGCCCCAAGCAUCAUCUUGAGGAAGCUCUGGACAAGCUGUUGAUGUCCAGUCUUUCCCAACCAGAGCCGGUGAAAUUUGGUGAAGGAGCUCCUGCCUCAUCAGAGGUGAACGAUGAUGUUCUGGGACUUCUUCAUCAGUUGACUCCACAGGGUGGCAUUAAAGAUGUCACUUGGAUGGACGACUCUCUAAACCCCACAUCGUUCCCUGGGGCAUCAGAUGGUUCGCUGGACCUUCCACUUCUCCAGCCAUCGGCGGUUGAAAGGCUCUCUGCUUCUGGACAACUUAAAUCGGUCAUCAGACGCACAAAGGAAACGUCCAAUGUCCAUCCGAUGUUUCGUGAUGGCCACAUGCGACGAAAAAUGGGCCCGCUAAUUGUCAACAAGAAUAACUCGCAGGAUCUACUCAUUGAAGAGCUGCAAGGGAAACUGGGAAUUGGUCGCACUGAGCGGCCACGAAAGCAGCCAGCUGAUUGGCUCACGGAAGGAGUCAUUGUCUGUUCCAACCCACAGCGCUUGAGAGAGGAAGGUGGUGUAUCACCAACAGUUGAUAAGAUUAUCAUUCCUCCAGACUCACCCAGUCCUCUGAAAAAAGUCCUAACCCAUCCUGUCCCAAAAAAGCCUGAUCCUGUGAUACAGAUGCCCGCUCCUCUGCCCCCACCACCUCCACCCCCACCCACCCCCCCACCCUAGGGAGCCCUCUCCUCCUCCACCUCCUCCUCCUGCUCCUCCAGUUCCAGCUCCACCUCCACCUAAAGACCCCACCCCUCCUCCGUCCCCUCCUCCUAAACCUGUGACCCCGCCCCCUCCACCCAAGGUUUUAGCAUCUGUUGGCUGCCAAACGGAAUAUGAACCUCUUUUUCCACCGGUACAGGCAUGAACUUGCUCUCUCUGUCUAUCUGCAUCUGAUCAGAGCUUACAUCCAUGUCUUCAGGGUUCCCACAGUCAUGGAAAACUUUGAAUUAGUAGGGCAUUUGUUAGGCCUGGAAAAGUCUAAAUGGAAAUGAAUAAAAGGAAGCAGGUUGUAUGUUGGGUUUGUGUAGAGUAAAUCUUGCUCACAAGCCAUAGUGAAUCAUUCUGAGAGGUGAUUCUUUUCUGCAAACUUCUUGAAGUGGUUCACAAUUCAAUUUGAAUGAUUCUUUAGUGAAUCAUUCUGAAUUUAUAGUAAAUGUGUAUAUACAGUAUAUAACUACUGGAAUGGUCAUUUUGAAAAAAACAUCGAUCAGAUUGUGUGGGAACCCUAUGCCUUGUUUCUAGCCAUUCUUUCAUGGUUUCUAGCAUGUUGCAUAUGGAGCGCAUGCCGUUAUGUGUUUGACCUCCAAACAGCGCUCACACUAGGAGUGUCUCAGCAUUUAUCAAAUAGCUUGCUGGUGCCAACAUGUCCCAUGAAGACAGUCUGUCCUUGUGUUUUCCCUUGUUUUCCCUGUAGAAUCCUGGUACGUGAACAAAUUCUGUUGCAAAUGAAGUGCUAGUGAUCACAGAAAAGACUGUUGAUCUGUUGGCCAUCAGUUAGAGUUGUCUUUUAAGACUAAGUUUGUAACUAUCUAUGAUUGAAUUCUUCCUGUUUUUGGGAGGUUUCUGACUCUAAAGCAAAGCCAAGUUUUUAAGUCAGAAUUGUGAGUUUAGGAAUAUUCUGCAGAAUGUACUAGACUUAAUGCUGCAAGUUAAAAGUCAGGCUGCGUGGAAGUGCUUCAAGAGUAGCUUGUUUAAGUGUGAGUUCAUGUGCAGAAAUAACAGAGGAUGUGUGGGUUGCUAUUUUUGCUUUCUGAAGAAUGCUUCUGUGUCACGGUUCUUUGAAUUGAGAGAACAGAGAUGGGGUUACCACCAGCCCUUUUUGACCCAUAACCUUGCUUGGUCUGUCAUCUGAUUAUGUCUUUAACACCUUCUUGAUCCCGCUGUAUUUAGGGAAGGUUAUGUAGGGAGUGGGAGAUGGAAAUGUUUACUGCAUUUGUCUUAUUUCACAGCCGUUGGAAGAGAUGCAUGAUCCUGCACAAAGAAGCAAUAGUUACCAUUCAUAAACAGCAAAUCUUGUUAGACUUUAUGCAACAGGCCUUUGAAUCAUGUCUUUUUAUUAAUCAAAGGAAACAAUUUCCAUGACAUGCAUUGGUAUGGUUAAUUACAAUUGAUUCCAUGUAAGUGAUUCAGUGUUUCGGCAAAGUUGAGAACUACUUGAGCUUCUCUUAGUGCAUGUGGUUGUUGUUUAAUAACACUAACAUUAUGUAAUGGGUUGACUAAUAAAUGAUGCAAUUAAAUGUGUGCAAUCAAACAGCUCUUAAUGUACAUGCUGUAUUGUUAUUGACGUGAGAAAAUAUCUUUUCACAUGCUGAUGGUCAUAUUGAGAAAAUAUUCAUCCAAAAGAGAAUUUUAAUAAGGAAGUUGAUUUCCCAUAGUGCAGAGUUGAUCAUCAGUUUUGGGGCUUGUAUGGAUAAAUCUUACAUCACUUAUUAGAGGGCAUUUAUAUUCACUUCUCAGUGUUGAGUCUCCAAAACAAGUUGAGUAUCAGUGGGUGGUGUGGUGUCAAAUCCUGCAAGUGUUUAAGCAUGAAUAAUCAACAUUGUGUCAUUGAUCGAGUUGAUCAAGAUUGACCUGGUAAAAAAAUGUAUGAAAAGACGCUUUGGAUAAAUGCAUCUGCUGAAUGGUAGUAAGUAGUAAUGUGUACUAAGGAGAAAGUGCUUAUUUUGUGCCUGUGUGUGCAGAGAGGGAUCUGUGUCCACAUUUCCUUUGCUCAAUGAAACGGUCUUUAAAAAGUGAAAAUUCUUUCCUUUU